AUGUUAUUUCUUAUCGAAAUUGGUGUAAUAUUUUUUGUGAAAUUUCAAGCUGUCAAUUAUGUUACCGCAGCCUAUAUUACCACUGCAAUGCUCGUGCCUGUUGUUAUAAUAUUCACGAUAUUUUCGUGCCUUAUACAUAAGAAUCGUUUCAUCCACUCAAUGGAUCGUGUCGGAACAAAAGUGAACGAUUUGCAAAGGUUCUUGAACGAGAAUGACCCAACGGUUGUUACAAAUAUUCCAAAUGUGGUUUCGUCUAUGCAAAAACAUCUCGGCACUGGCCUCCAAGGCGUCCAAACCGUACAACCUUGA